GUGUCUCCGUUACCACUUUUGCCUAGUAAACUUUUUAGAAACAAUGAGUGAAGAAGUUAUCAGCUCCGGAGGGACCAUGGAUCCCACUCCUGCUGCAAGAACAGGACCAAAUCCAUCACAAUAUUAAACUGUCUUAAUUCCAUUUUGACCCUCCGCCACACGUGCAAUUGACAUAUCAGCUACUAUCUCGCACGUGUGUACUGACUUCAUAAGUCAUUCUCACACUAUCCCCCAUGCAUCGACUCUUUUCAUUGCUUCAAAUCCUCCAAACCCUCAAAACUUCAUUUCACAAAUUCAAGAGCAAUGAACCCAGAGUUUCUCAACAUACUGACGUGCGGUUAUGCGAGCGUUAUCGAUAACACAAUGGUGGUGAGGGUAGUGCCUCCCCUAUCUUCAGACAUGAAGAUUUCAGUGAAUUGUGUGGAGGAAAUCUUGAAUUACAGCUUCAAAAACAAGCGACUUCUAGAAGAAGCAUUGACGCACUCUUCGUACCCUGAUGCGGUGUCAUAUCAACGAUUGGAGUUUAUCGGUGAUGCGGUGUUGGGACUUGCUUUUUCUAAUUAUGUCUUCUUGGUUUAUCCAACGCUUGAUCCGGGACAGUUGUCACUCAUACGCUCUGCCAACAUAAGUACUGAGAAACUUGCACGCGUGGCUGUAAGACACGGGUUGUAUCAGUUCAUGAGACAUCAUGCAGGUUCUGCUCUUGAGGAUAAGGUGAAGGAAUUUGCUGAAGCUGUUAGUCAAGAAGAAGACAAUGCAGCUGUGUAUGGUGGAUCAAUGAAAGCGCCAAAGGUUCUUGCUGACAUUGUUGAAUCUAUAGCAGCUGCGAUCUAUGUAGAUGUUCAUUUUGAUCUCCAAAAAUUAUGGAUGAUUUUUCAGGGUCUUAUGGAGCCUAUCAUAACCAUGGAAGACCUGAAACAAAAGCCACAGCCGGUUACACUUUUGUUCGAGCUUUGCCAGAAGCAAGGAAAGCAAGUUGAUAUCAAGCACUGGAGAAAGAAGAAUAAGAACAUUGCCAGUGUAUAUGUUGAUGGUGAGUUCAUUGCCUCAGGGUCUUCAGAGCAGAAGGAAAUCUCGAAGCUUAAUGCUGCAAGGGAAGCUUUGCACAAGUUAUCGCAGUCUAUGCCUGUUGAUAAUGGUGGGAUGAUUGAAAAUUAUAAUGAUGUUGAUGGUAAAUCAGAGAUUGAAGGAGCUAAACAGAAGUUACAUGAACUCUGCAGCAAAAAGAAAUGGUUGAAACCAACCUACAAAACUGAGAAAGAAGAAGGUCCUUCACAUGACAAGAAAUUCGUAUGUUCAGUCAAAAUUCCAACUGCAGAUGGUACACUUUACAUUGCAGGAGAUGAGAAGUCGAGAGUAAGGGAUGCAGAAAACUCUGCAGCUUCCAUGAUGAUCCGUGCUUUAUAUGUGUCUAAUUAUGUUUGAUUCAACUAAUCCUAAAUAAAUUAUAUCAUGCUCUGUUUGUCUGUUAGAUUUCUGCAUCUCCAUUGUUAAGUUUCGUGAAUUUGAAUAUAACAUUCUUUUUACAAGGCUGUGCCAUUAAAUUAAACUACCAUUUGUUUUCA